GGCAUGAUUGAGCAAAGAGGAAAAUUACAGUCCCACUAAUCUCAGUAUCGACGGUGUGGAAACCUCCGGUUACUUCCAAUUUGACCUGGACUCGCAAAACCACUAGUAUUUAAUCAACCACCCUACCGGAGGCGGCGGCGGAGUAUUUUCUCUAGAUAUUUCGUCAGGGUAAGAAGGGAAAAAAGCUUUAAUUCGUCGGAGAGAAAAGAAACACCGAUCAAUGGCACCACCACACGACGACAAAGCGGCGGCGGAAGUCAACGACGAACAAAUCCCUAAACGCCCUAUCUCCAAUAUUCUCUUCAUAAUCGCUAUGCAGACGGAGGCGUCACCUCUAGUGGAUAAGUUUCAGCUCGCCGAGGAUCCUGAUUCUGUGUUUCCAAAGGGCGUUCCAUGGGUUAGGUACUAUGGUAAAUAUAAGGAUUUGAACAUCAACAUUGUUUGCCCUGGAAAAGACACAGUAUUGGGUGUUGACUGCGUUGGCACGGUUUCUGCAUCUCUUCUGACUUAUGCUUCUAUUCAAGCAUUACAGCCGGACCUUAUUAUAAAUGCAGGGACUUCUGGAGGAUUCAAGGCAAAAGGUGCUUCCGUAGGUGAUGUAUAUCUUGCAUCAGAUGUUGCUUUCCACGACAGAAGAAUUCCUAUCCCUGUUUUUGACUUAUAUGGUGUUGGCUCACGUCAAGCAUGCUCCACACCUAAUCUUGCAGAGGAGCUGAACUUAAAGGUCGGAAAAUUAUCUACUGGUGAUUCUUUAGAUAUGUCCCCACAUGACGAAGAAGCCAUGGUGGCUAACGAUGCAACCAUUAAAGAUAUGGAGGGAGCUGCUAUUGCUUAUGUGGCGGAUCUAUUGAAAGUGCCGGCAAUAUUCUUGAAAGCUGUGACUGAUAUUGUCGACGGCGACAAACCAACGGCUGAGGAGUUUCUCCAAAAUCUGCUAGCUGUUACUGCUGCCCUUGAUCUUGCUGCGACCAAAGUAGUUGAUUUUAUCAAUGGAAAGAGCUGCUCAGAACUUUGAUUGAUCCUUCUCAAUUUAAUCUUAUCAAAAAAGAUUAAUAAUUACUCGUUAGAUCCUCUUUAUUUAGUAUUUUGGUUCAGAUUCUUGAAGACCGUAUUCUUUUUGAAUAGCUUAUUGAUAGCGAUGUACCUCGUUUGCGCAUUGCAUGUAUUCUUGCUACACGUUGAAACAUCAUGUAGACUUGCAAAUGGUCUAAAAAUUGUCACUUUUGCCGCAUGAA